AUGGACGCCAAGCCUCACCGUGCUCGCGCGCUGCGCAUCCACGAUGAAAAUGCUAUGCCAGCACACAUGGUCGCAGCGACUCACGUCAAGUCCCUGGGCCACAUUCGGACAAAGUCGAGCCCGGCUCUUUCAAGUCUACUUCAAGCUGGCGCGCUGAAGGCAGCGGCAACAGCACAGAAUACACACCGGAUCUUGGGAGAGGUCAACGUCAACUUGAAGGUUGUGCACAAGGACGAUUCCGAGGUUGGCAAAGUUUCGCCCGGCAAGCUCAGCAACCAAAAGGAUUGGGUCAAGCAAGCACCUGUCGCAGCUCUGGCACGUCCAGCUGCUCGACCACUGGCAAUCAAAAGCAGUCUCUCCCAGAAGCCUCUCAACACCACAAACGUCGUCGCACAGCAGUCAAAGGCGCAUGCAACCGCCGCGUCCAACUCGACGGAGGUCCAAUUCGACCAAGUCAAGAAGGUCGCUCCCAAGAAAAGCACCAAAGUUCUACGAGACGUCCAGCCCGCCGUCGAACUCGAAGUAAAAUCCAGCUUGGAUUCACAAACAAACACAAACGCGAUCACUUCGCGCCCAACCGAAAGCAUAUCGACAUCCACACGGCACGUAUCAUCCUCGUCGGCCGCACCUGCCGUAGCAGUGCCAAAAGCCAUUGCGACUACUUCAGCACCCGUCACAAGCGUCAAGUCUGACGGAGCCUCCGUCGCGCAACACGAGAAGUCGCGCACCGCUGCCCAACCACGCGCAACAUCUCACGCUCCCUCAUCAUACGAAGUCGACGACGUCGAGGAUGCUCUUGACUCUGACGGAUACACAACAGCUCGAUCGUGGGGUCUCUCUGGCGAUUUGACGAACGGACACACGACCGUCUUCAAUCCUCGCUGCACAGAGAAGGUUCAGGCAGAGCUGGACGCUGCCGCUGCUCACGUCCUCGCCACGCGGUCUGUAGACGAUAUCGAAGAGGAGUACUGGGACACCUCUAUGGUCGCCGAGUACGGCGAUGAGAUUUUCUCCUACAUGCAUGAGUUGGAGGUGCGCAUGGCCCCCAAUCCAUUCUACAUGGAUCAGCAGACCGAGAUCCAAUGGUCUAUGCGUGGCGUUCUCGUCGACUGGGUCGUUCAAGUCCACCAGCGGUUUAACCUCCUGCCGGAGACACUGUUCCUGACGAUCAACUACAUCGACCGCUUCCUCUCCUGCAAGAUCGUGUCGCUCGGCAAGCUUCAACUUGUGGGCGCGACGGCCAUCUUCAUUGCCGCCAAAUACGAAGAAGUGAACUGCCCGACCCUCAGUGAGAUCAUCUACAUGGUCGACAACGGCUACACCGCGGAUGAGCUGCUCAAGGCGGAGCGCUUCAUGCUCAGCAUGCUGCAAUUCGAGCUUGGCUGGCCAGGCCCAAUGAGCUUUCUCCGGCGCAUCAGCAAAGCAGACGACUAUGACCUUGAGACACGCACGUUGGCUAAGUACUUCCUCGAAGUGACCAUCAUGGACGAGCGCUUCAUCGGCUGCACGCCAAGUUACCUGGCCGCCGGCGCGCACUGCAUGGCGCGACUGCUCUUGCGCAAGGGAGAUUGGUCCGCAGCUCACGUCUACUACUCCAACUACACCCUCGCCCAACUCUACCGAUUGCUGAAGGCGCUCCUCGACUGCUGCCAGGCGGCUAGAAUCCACCACCGCACCGUCUACGAGAAAUACACCGACCGCCGGUAUAAGAAAUCCUCCAUCUUCGUGCGAGAACAGCUCGCCGCCGGCUUCCAAUUGCCGGUCAUGAUCCGUGGAACCUUGGGUAGCGUCGUCACACAACCACUCUGGCAGUAG